AUUUUUUUGGGAGCCCCAAAGGGAGAGCCGGUGAAGCUCCUCAGGCUGAAGGUCCUUCUGAGCCUGCCGCAUCCCGAGAGAAACUCUCCCAGCCGCCUGUCCUUCAAGGUGCCUUGGGUGGCCAGCAGGCGCUGCAAUGUCUGCGAUUGAGACUUUCCAGAGCUGGGCUCGCCAGGCCCAGGCUCUGCUUGCUGAGCAGCAAAAGAAGCACCCGCUGCCGCCCGAUGCGUACAAAAACCCAUAUGUCAUCGCCAUCGCUGUCGCAGUCCUUGGCGGGCUCGCGCUCGUGUACACGCUGUCGGUCGAGAACGACCAGCCGAAGCGGUACACCGUCCCUCCGGCUAAGAUGCCCGACAAGGAGGAGAUACUAGACCACCCUAGUCUGAAGGUGCAAGGAUCCUCGGCCAUCCAGUGCUACGCGCCCGCGACGGGCCAGUCGCUCGGCUUCAUCAACCCCUCGACCCCGGCGGCCGUCGACCGGGCCAUCCAGCAGGCGGCGGCAGCGCAGAAGACGUGGGCGCAGACCAGCUUCCGGGAGCGGCGGCGGGUGCUGCGGUCGAUGCUGCAGCACAUACUCGACAACCAGGCUGAGAUCUGCCGGGUGGCGUGCCUGGACUCGGGCAAGACCAUGGUGGACGCGCAGCUGGGCGAGAUCCUGGUGACGGUCGAACGGCUGCAGUGGACGCUGGCGCACGGAGAGGCGGCGCUGCGGCCCACGCGGCGACCGACCAACCUGCUGAUGAUGUACAAGCGCAACAGCGUACACUACGAGCCCCUGGGCGUCAUCGCGGCGCUCGUGUCGUGGAACUACCCGUUCCACAACCUGCUGGGGCCCAUCAUCUCGGCCAUCUUUGCCGGCAACGGCAUCCUGACAAAGGUGUCGGAGAACACGGCCUGGAGCUCGGCCUACUUCACCAGCAUCGCGCGCGGCGCCCUCGCGGCCCACGGCCACGACCCGGCCCUGAUCCAGACGGUGGCGUGCUGGCCCCAGGUGGCCGAGUGCAUCACGUCGCACCCGGGCAUCUCGCACAUCACCUUCAUCGGCUCCCAGGCCGUGGCCCACAAGGUGGCCGCCUCGGCCGCCAAGGCCCUGACCCCCGUCUGCGCCGAGCUCGGCGGCAAGGACGCCUGCGUGGUGCUGGACUCGGCCCGCGGCGACCUGACGCGCAUCGUCGAGGUGCUCCUGCGCGGGACCUUCCAGUCGGCCGGCCAGAACUGCAUCGGCAUCGAGCGCAUCAUCGCCACCCCGCGAGUCUACGACACCCUCGUCGAGACGCUGACGCCGCGCGUGCGCGCCCUGCGUCUGGGCCCAGGCCCCACCGAUGCCGACAUGGGCGCCAUGGUCUCGGACGCGGCCUUUGACCGCCUCGAGGCCCUGGUCACCGACGCCGUCAAGAGCGGCGCCCGCCUGCUCGCCGGCGGCCGCCGCCACGUCCACCCGGCCCACCCCAGGGGCCACUACUUCUCGCCGACGCUCGUGGCCGACGUCACGCCCGACAUGGCCCUGGCGCGCGAGGAGUGCUUCGGCCCCAUCAUGGUGCUGAUGCGCUGCCCCGAGAACACGCCCCGCGCCGUGCUGUCAAUCGCCAACGCGCCCGACUUUGGCCUCGGCGGCUCCGUCUUUGGCGGCGACCGCGACCCAGUGCUGCGCGGGGUGGUGCGGGGCAUGCGCACCGGCAUGGUGGCCGUUAACGACUUCGCCGCCUACUACGCCGUCCAGCUACCCUUUGGCGGCGUCGGCGGCUCCGGCUACGGCCGCUUCGCGGGCGAGGAGGGGCUCCGGGCCAUCUCCAACGCCAAGUCCAUCUGCGAGGACCGCUGGGGCUGGCUCCGCGUGCGCACCCCGAUCCCGCCGCCAAUCCAGUACCCGAUCCGCGACCAGGACCGGUCCUGGCGCUUCGCCAGGGGCGUCGUCGAGGUCGGCUACGGCCUCACGCUCGGCAGGAAGCUGGGCGGGCUGUUGGGCAUUGCCAAGAAUAGCUGAGGAUAGGGGGGAAGGGAAGGGAAGGGGAGGUGGAAUUGGGGGAGGGAUGAGAAGAGGUGUGUAUAUGCUGCGAGGUGUGAUAUGGUCUCGGUUUGCUCCGUAUAUAUAUACCGAGUUUCCUUGUCAGCCAGGUCAAAUACCUCGAUCUGCUCACCUGUGCUGUUCCCUCUGCCAAACCCCGAGAAGCCGAAAGAACCAAGGGCCGUGCAUAAUCACCAGUCAGACAAUGAGGAGGGCAUAUCGUAUAUAAUAUUUAAUCUAUCUGGAUAUGCACUGAUACGCCAGUGUGACGUGACACCUUGUCUUCCUUCC